CUCUCUCUCUCUCUCUCUCUCUCUCUCUCUCUCUCUCUCUCUCUCUCUCUCUCUCUCUCUCUCGCUCCCCCUCCCUCCACCCUCUCAGUCUCUGGAUCCUCCUCCGGUGGUGUCGGAGGCUCAGUGAAUGCGGCUGAGAGUGGAGCGAGCACACGCCUAACACGGAUACUGUGCACUUUUACAGGAGGGAAACUCGAAGCUUCCGUUCUCUCACUCCUUUUUUUUUCGCUCUCCGGAUCAACUUGCUGUAUAAAUCGUAACUUUCCUGCUCUGAGUUGAUUUUUGUUAUUAGUAUUUUUUUCUAAUGGUGGAAAGCGCAGAGCUUGCUGCCGGUCACCUGCACCGCAUCGGACUAGCAGUCGAAUAACUGCAUUAUUCAUUUUUACGCACCUGUUUGUGCUGUCUCUCUUGUUGCCUACGAGUGAUUUAAAAAAAAGAUUAUACGCGAUGUUGCCGUAAUGAUAACUCAACCUUAUUUUUUUGUGUGGCUAAAAACGGUUUUUUUUUCUUUCUGCUGCAACUGACAAAUUGACAGUGUUCAAGGAUGAAUACAAAUGGGAUUCGUGCAGCGAAUGGAAAACUAACAUAUCAUCUGUACAUGGGAGAACUUCACACUAAUAUGAAUGGGAGCGCGUUGCCUUUUGAAUCGUGAAAAAGAAAAAAAAACAUUCCCCGUGCGCAACUUCAGCACUUCGGAUCCUGUCAUACAUACCACUGUUUAUUAAACGGAUGAUCGGUUGCCGCUGAGCCGAACGCACGGCUUUGACAGCCCUCCUGUUCCCCCCUCCAGUUGUCAAUAUAGAUAAUACGAUUCCAAGGAUGGCUGACUUGUGGCAUCGCAUCACGAACCUUGUGGACCUUCCCACGCCUAGGAGUCGCUGGACGAGCCAUCAAGAUCUCUAGAAUCUGCCCCCGCCCCCCUACCCCGUCCUCCCUUGUGUUGCAUCUCACAAUCCUUACUGCAAUCCAUUCGGCUCUUUCCUUUUCAUCUUAUAACCGCGCAAAUGUUCUCCCGUUCCCAUGGAGGUGGGACAACCUUGGGACUCAAGCAAGCAAGCAGUGGGGAUGAUUUUUUUUCUUUUCAAGCACGCGCAACCCGUGAGCAAGAGACGCAUCGGGUGAAAUAGGAGCCCACCCUGCUCGCCCGUCUCCCCAGCACCCUCCCUAACCACCCGGAUCCAAGCCAGCUGGGUUUCCGUUGAUGUGCAGCAGUCUGCAUGGAAAUGAAGGAGCGGGGAAGCCUUGUUGCUUCCGUGAAAUGUGUGUUUCCUCCGCGGCUGGGAGCGCUUCAGCGGCACCUUUCCAUCCAUGUCCCACGAAUGCCGCCCCGAGUCUCCAAAAGGAGUCAGACACAUCAGCCUUAGAGGCUACUAAAUGAUUUUCUGGGGGCGGAUUUUUAAUGGCCGAGAUGAUGCUCAUUCUCCUGCUGGCAACCUUUUCCACUUCAAUCUCAAGCUCCUCCCUCUCAUCCCCCUCCAUGUCAGAUGGACUCCCAAUGGCAGACCCUUCUGCUCCGGACUUGAUGUCAGAGACUUGCAGUGCCUGCUCCUGCUUGUCGGUGGAAAAUGUGCUGUACGUCAACUGUGAAAAGAUCACCGUAUAUCGACCGACGCAACUCGUUCCGCCUGUGUCAUCAUUGUACCACCUCAACUUCCAAAACAAUCUCUUAAUUAUUCUCUACCCAAACUCGUUCCUCAACUUCACCCAUGCUGUAUCUCUGCAGCUGGGGAACAAUCAGCUGCAGAACAUUGAAGGUGGCGCAUUCAUGGGGAUGAGUGCGUUGAAACAGCUGCACCUCAACAACAAUGAGUUGAAGGUGCUGCAAGCGGACACAUUUCAAGGAAUAGAAAACUUGGAGUACCUUCAAGCAGACUACAACUUGAUAAAGUACAUCGAAAAGGGAGCAUUCAACAAACUGCACAAGUUGAAAGUGCUGAUUCUGAAUGACAAUCUAAUACAGGCACUUCCCGACAACAUAUUUCGCUUUGCCUCCCUCACACAUCUGGAUAUAAGAGGAAACAGGAUCCAGAAGCUUCCGUAUUUGGGAGUGCUGGAGCACAUCGGCCGCAUUGUCGAGCUACAGUUGGAUGAUAACCCCUGGAAUUGUACCUGCGACUUGGCACCUCUCAAGGCAUGGCUUGAAAACAUGCCUUAUAAUAUUUUUAUCGGGGAGGCCAUCUGUGAAACGCCGAGCGACUUGUAUGGGAGGCUGCUGAAAGAAACUAACAAGCAAGAGCUUUGCCCAAUGGGUACAGGAAGUGACUUUGAUGUUCGAAUGCCACCCGCACUCCCCGAUGCGGGUCAGACGUCCCCACCGACCUCAGCGGCCGCAAUGACCACAAAAUCGCCGAAAACCACAGACUCGUCCAAGAUGUACGGAAAUGGCAUUGUGGCCGGUUUGCCCCCUUUUAGAAGAAAUAGCCAGAUUGUUUCCUUUCAGACACGGAGCCCACCAGGUUUAUGCCCGCAGCCUUGCAGCUGUAAAACCCACCCUUCAGAUUUUGGCAUUAGUGUCAGUUGUCAGGAAAGAAACAUCAAAAAUCUGGCAGACCUUAUUCCGAAACCGCCAAAUGCCAAGAAACUUCACUUGAGCGGCAAUUACAUUCGUGACAUCAGCCCAAAUGAUUUCCACGAAUUUGAAGGUCUCGAUUUACUUCACCUCGGCAGCAACCAAAUUGUCAGCGUCCAGAAAGGUGUGUUUGCUAACCUCACCAAUCUAAGAAGACUAUAUCUGAAUGGAAACCAGCUCGAGCAGUUACACCCCGAGAUGUUUUUGGGCCUCACAAACCUACAGUACCUAUAUUUGGAAUACAAUGCCAUUAAAGAAGUCCUCGCAGGCACGUUUGACUCCAUGCCAAACUUGCAACUCCUCUACCUUAAUAAUAAUGUGCUACGGAGUCUUCCUGCCUAUGUGUUUGCAGGCGUCUCUUUAGCCAAACUUAAUUUGAAAAACAACCACUUCAUGACCCUGCCGGUCAGCGGCGUCCUGGACCAGCUGCGCUCUUUGACCCAAAUAGACCUCGAGGGCAACCCGUGGGAGUGUUCCUGCGAUUUGGUCGCUCUCAAACUAUGGCUAGACAAGCUCGGGGACGGAGUGGCCGCCAAAGAGGUGAGGUGCGCCUCCCCUGUGCAAUUCUCCAACAUAGAACUGCGGCUGCUGAAAAACGAGAUCUUGUGCCCAAAACUGAUUGCGCGGCCACCGGUCAUUUUGACCAGCGCCACCCCAGUGCUGUCUUCCCUUUCGCCCGCAGGAGUUGGCAAAGCCCAGCCCGGAGGACCCGUGCCCCUCUCAAUUAUGAUCCUGAGUAUCCUUGUCGUGCUCAUCCUCACGGUGUUCGUGGCCUUCUGCCUUCUAGUCUUUGUCCUCAGACGGAAUAGAAAACCAGCCGGUCGGCAGGAACUGGGGAAUCAGGAGUGCGGCUCCAUGUCACUGCAGCUGCACCGGCACGGCCACAAGUCAGGCAAAAAAGGUUCCGUGCCAGGAGACGAAUUAGGAGGCGAAACGUUUAUCCCCCAGACCAUCGAACACAUCGGCAAGAGCCACACUUGUGGCAUUGGGCGUUCGUCAGACAUGGACGCGGGGUUUAAGUUCGCUGACUCGCAAAGGCAGAAAAUAAUCCUCCGCAGUUGUGGCGAUAAGGAUAAGGACGCACUUUCCACCUUGGAGCGCAACAAGCGCCUCAGCACAAUCGACGAACUUGAGGAAUUCCUACCAAAUCGAGAGCCCAGCAUGUUUAUCCAAAACUUCCUGGACAGCAAGAGAGAUUUCAGCAGCAUAGGAAUGGGCGGCUACGAAAUCCGCUACCCGGAGAAAACUCUUGAUCGAAAGAUGAAGAAAGCAUCGCUGAUAGGUGGGAACCACAGUAAGAUUGUGGUGGAGCAAAGAAAAACCAGCUGUGCGCAUACACUCCCUCGCACGCACACACAUUCAGCAAAAAAGUGCCUUCUGGAAAAUCCUAAUGACCAGUGCUUAGAUGGACAAAAUGGCUCCAUACUACAAAGCUUUUACUUGGAUCGACGAGGAUACACGUUAAAGUGAAAGACAUUUGGAUCAUCCGUGCCACAUGUUUGAAUCGUAAUCUCGACACCACAAGACAGCCUACAAACAACCAGUCUUAGUAUUUUUGCUGCUAUGGAAAUGGCGCCUUUUUUUCUCCAUUGUAUAUUGCUGGUAUGAUUUUAUUUUUGUAUUUUAUCCCCCCCCCCCCCCCAAAAAAAAUGAAAUGGUUGUUGGAACUGCUUGAAAAUAUACCUCGCCGGCUCCCACUCUCAUUUGAUAACAGAAGGUGGAAACAGAAAAAAAAAAACAUGAGGGCACCUCAAUCGUGUCCUUCUUAGCUGCGAAAUGUACAGGUAUCUGUUCUUACUACUUUCUGGGAUGAGUUACAAAGAAUGACUCAGUGGAUUUUACCUUGCUUUUUUCACGUUGUAAGGAUAUUGGUUUGUUCUAGGGGAAACUCUCUGGGGCUGCUUGCAGACUAUAUGCCUUUUUUUUUUUUUCAGGACGAAACACUCGUGGCAGAAUACCCACUCUAUGCUGAAAGCCUCAAUGGCUCCAGUUUCGUGUUCAUUGGAAGGCAACAAUGCAAAACUCUUUAGACAUUGAGUUCAUGACUUGUUUUCUUGGUGUAAAAAGCCAUGUUAAUAUAUAGUGUAUUCCGAAUGGAGUUGUGUUUCCUCUUCAAGUUACUAUUUCAAAAUGUCAGAUUUUGGGUGGAAGCGAAUCGGCAAUUAUACUGUCAAGAGAUGUUUCUGCACAUGAAAACCCAAGGAUACAAGAGUACAAAGCUGCUUGCCAUGUAAGCGUAACUUGGAAUUUAUUUUGUAAGUCUUACAUUAUUUGUAUUGGUGGGACUGGUUUGUAAAAUACACUGACAAAUAUUUGCACACACACACACACACAUAUGCGCGCACACACACACACACACACACAAAUACACACACACACACACACACACACACACACACACACACACACGCUGUAUGGCGGAACACCAUCCCCUCGAGACUGCACCCCAGAGACAUCAAAGGGAUCAUCAAUAUGACUCAGUCAGUGAUAACUCACCUCUUGUCUGUUCUCACUUCAUAGUAAAAGAAUUUCAAAACAUAGUUAGUUUAUUUUUUUAUGCAGGGUUAUUUAAAGAGAUGACGGUCUUAGGAGAAAUAAAAAAAGGAUGGGAUGCCCUGAGAAGAACUAACUUUCAUCGGAGCUAAUACACGUCAGGCGUGUAGACGUGACGGAUGAUUUGUUUCUUUGGUUUUUGCUGUUUUCUGUUUGAUUAACAAGUUAACAUGAUGAACAAUAGUGAAAUGUGAUCCGUGUUGUUUCGCACGACAAACCCGGCGGAGUCUGCGAAGGCUCACUCGGGUUCCUUAUUCUUACAUCUCCCACGGCAUCUUGUAAAAGGUUUCUUAUGAACUUAUGCAACCAAAAUAAAUGUGCAUUCAACUUGAUAAGGUUCCCGGUUGUUGAUGUGCGAGCGGUGAAACGUUGGGCUCUUCAAGAUAAGGGCAGAAUCAUAUCAUAGAUGAUGUGCAAUAUUAGGGAAUACUCAAAUAGGAAAUGGCUUCAAAUCCUGUCUGUUUUAUUUAAGUUUGGGGUAGUCGUGUUGCAAGAGAAGAUGCAAUUCCAAACGGAUUUGCUUCACUCCACGCGUUUUUUAACGAAACAGAUUGUCAAGUUCAACUGACGACAUUCAACCUGUUUUGUUGCUAUUGCAAACAAAUAGAAUGUAACUUGGAAAGUAUAAGAAAUACAAUUUUCUAUCGGUCAUAAAUCUCCUGUAUAAUGGUUCAUUUUCUCUUGUAUUAUCCUGUUAAUAUGAAAGUAUUAAAAGGAGCAUUCAUUUGCA